AUGGGUUCUUCAUCUUCAUAUUCGCCUCUUACGUCUGGUUAUUUCCGUCGUCGACAUUGUUGUCACUGCAGUAAGCGUUGCCGAUCGACAUGUGGAGUGAUUGCGUUUUUGUCCGCCGUCGCAAUUAGUCUGACUUUCGCCAUUGUCUUCAUUUAUAUUUUCAUGACUUAUCCGUCACAUGCGUCUUGUGCAAUAGAAUGGACAUUUAAGAGUAAUUGCACUUCCAUUGGCAACAAGAUUGAACAUCAGUUUGAAAAAUGGUCAACCAAUGUCUGUAAGGAAGGGAAAAUGAAAUGCAUGUACAAGCUGACAUAUUUCAAUGAAAGCCUGAUUGAAGGGACCCACACGACCCCCAAAAUGCAUUUUGUUGAUUCAUUAAAUUUUCACUUGAAUAAAAUAAAUGACACUUGUUAUGUCAAGGGGUUCUCUUCAUCGGAUCUUUGGUUUGCCUUGUUAGAUUUUGGUACCAAUUACUGCAAUUUACACAACUUGAUUACAGGAAGUGGUUUGGACAAAAUGGCUGGCUAUUCUGAGUCAACUGCAAAUGCUGUUUGCACUCUUUAUACUUCAAGUAAUUGUGAUGUCUACUAA